UUUUCAGCGAUUUCUGUACGUGUUCGCGCUGAGAAAAAGUGGAGUGGAAGAAGAAAAAUGGCUACUAAUAAUUAUUUCGGAUUUACUCAUGGUGGAACGCAAUAUGGAGCUGCUGCCACUGGAGCCGCAUAUCCGGCCACCCAGGCAGGCUACGUACCAGCCACAGCGGCUACUUAUGGGGCCCAGCGGCCAGCAGGGUAUGACUACCAGGCUACAGCUACGCAGGGAAAUUAUGCGAGUACAGGAGCCCCAGCUCCCACUUAUGAGUACGGCUAUGGACGUCCAGCUCAGUCCUAUGACACGUCCAAGACCUACUAUCAGCAAGCUGGUGCCACAACAGCUUAUUCGGGCCAGACUUAUGAUUCAGCCACUACGGCAAAGGUGGCUGGAUACCAGACUACAACUUACGCACAACCGGCUAGAACAUCCAUUCAGCCAGCUAAAGUGACGCAGUACGUGUCCCAAACAACCUACUCUCAGCCGGCAACAACAGCCAGCGCAGCUACUAAGCAAACUACCGCCACUACUAAUGCUACAACUUACUCCAACAUUGAUGCCGCUCUCUACAAUGCAGCUGCUACGAUGUAUGUGGCUCAGAAGUCCAAUAAGACAACAACUCCAGGGCAGGGUAAUUCUUGGAAUUACAAGAAAGGAGGUCCUGGUAACAUGGCUGGAAACAACAAGCCACGUUUCAAGCAGCCACCAAAACCACAACAAUUGCACUAUUGUGAGGUGUGCAAGAUCAGUUGUGCUGGACCACAAACCUAUCGGGAGCAUCUCGAUGGGCAGAAGCACAAGAAGCGUGAGGCUAGUCUCAAAUUGAGCGCCACUGCGGCCAAUGUGGCACAGAAUCGUGGCAAUAGCCUUCACUGUGAACUGUGCGAUGUCACGUGCACAGGUUUCGAUGCCUAUGCAGCUCAUGUGCGUGGAUCUAAGCAUCAGAAGGUAGUGAAGUUGCACCAGAAACUGGGAAAGCCAAUUCCAUCUACUGAUCCGCUCACCAAGAAACCAGCAAAGGUGAACUUUGUUCCAGCUGGUGCUGGGGAGAAGGGUGGUGAGGAUGGAACAGGGGCUGCUGGGGCUACUGCUGCUGGUGCUGGGGAGAGUCAGGAUGAGGAUGCAUCCAUCCAUAUUCCCGUGGAUGAUGUGAAGCCAGUGGGAGUGGAGUAUAUUGAUGAAAUUAAGGAUGACGAAGGGAAGAUUUUGAGUUUCAAUUGCAAACUCUGCGAAUGCAAGUUCAAUGAUCCAAAUGCCAAGGAGAUGCACAUGAAGGGUCGUCGUCAUCGGCUGCAGUACAAGAAGAAGGUUCAGCCGGAUCUUGUGGUGGACAUUAAGCCAUCACCAAGGCGUCAGAAGAUUGCCGAGGCUAAGGCUCAGCGUGCAGCCAUGCAGGAGGAAUACUGGAAUCGUCGACGAAUGGCUGAUGCUGAUCUCGAUGAUGACGAGAGGAUUUACUGGGAGGAACGUCGUCGUUUCGAAGAGGAAUUUGAUUAUAUGAAUUGGAUGCAGCGAGGAUUCCCAGGAGGUGGUCCACGUGGUGGGCCUCAUAUGGCACGUGGUGGUCCUCCCAUGGGACAUCCAUUCUUUGGUGGAAUUAUGACUGGACGCCGUCCUGAAAGUUCAGAUGAUCGUCAUGUUGUGGCGAGACAUGCAGAGAUCUAUCCCAAGGAGGAGGAAUUGCAGACAAUUCAGCGUAUUGUUUCACAUACUGAGAGAGCUCUCAAAUUUGUGUCUGAUGCUCUGGCUGAUACUGGCAAGGCUGCCAAUGCUAAGGGGGCUGAUGCAGGGCAAAAAGCAAAUGACAAGGGGGCUAAUGCAGCCAAUGAUGCUAAACAUGCCAAUGACUCCACUAAGAAGGAAGAUGGACGCGAUAACCAAAUGUUUUCCUUCCAGAAGGAUGCUGAGGGUUCUGUUCGCGUGCUCAAGGGCGUCAUGCGAGUGGGUCUUCUGGCUAAAGGUCUUCUACUGCAGGGUGACACUCUGGUGCAGCUUGUUGUGCUCUGCGCUGAGAAACCGACAACAUUGCUGCUCAAGAGGGUGGCCACGGAGUUGCCAAUUCAGCUGAAGAAGGUGUUUGAGGAACAUACAUAUUCCGUGACCAUGGCCCCAGUGGAGGGUGCUGUGCUAGUGAGUGAUGGUCAAAUAACUGUCAAAGUGUCACUGACAUCGCCACUACUCCGUGAACCAGAUAUGAACAAUGCAACUGCCACUGAACAACCGGUUCAGAAUACAGAAGAUCUUCUGCCACGCGAACCCUGUCUGCAGGCACUUGCCGCAUUGAGGCAUGCAAAAUGGUUCCAGGCCAGGGCUACAGGAUUACAAUCGUGUGUUAUGGUUAUGAGAGUCCUCCGUGAUUUGUGCCAGCGCACUCCAAUGUGGACACCUUUGAGCCAAUGGGCUAUGGAAUUACUCACUGAGAAAGUAAUCUCUUCGGCUGGAAUCCCACUGAGUCCGGGAGACUGUAUGAGGCGUGUAAUGGAGGCUGCUGCUUCGGGAUUGUUCAUAAAUGGUCCAGGAAUUUUGGAUCCAUGUGAGAAGGAGCCCCAUGAUGCCUUCAGCGGGCUAAGCAAGCAACAGCGUGAAGACCUCACGUCGUCUGCUCAAAGAUUUCUCCGUUACAUUGCAUUUCGUCAGAUCCAUAAGGUUUUGGGCAUGGAUCCUCUGCCACAGCCCAAAUAUGUGCCACGUCAGUGGCGCUUCAACCGCAAACGUAGGCGCUCUGGCACCGAAGGGGCUGAAAAUGAGGGUGACCAAGUACCAUCUGUGGAUGGUAAGAUGGUGAAAAAGGAUGAGGGUGGUCCUGGUGAUAAGAUGGACUCAGAGCCAACGAAGUAAUAAUUGUGGAUCUCACCAGAUGCUCCUCCUAAUUAUUCAUAAACGUAAAUUUAAUCACUAAUGGAUAUAAGUUAUUGAUGAAAUUUAGAGAUUGAUUUCAAUUGAAAGGGUCUAUGAAUACUUCCCAAAACAUAAAUAUUCAUAAAACAUUAUAAAAUGUAUUCAGAGCAAAUGUAUUUCAAUUCCAAUAAAAAUGAAAUAUGAAAUAAAUGAAAA